AGGUAAAAGUUUUAUGACCGCACGGCCUACUACGAGAACGGUGUCGGUGAUUCCGUAUUGUAUUCAGUUGUUUACUGUUCGUUGUGCAAGUAGGAGGCUGUGAUCUCAUGUUUGUUUCACGUUUAUUUUCGCAGCAAAAAUUAUGAUCAUUGCAAAGAAAUAAGAGAAAAAUGAUUGCAAAAUGGAGUCGUCAUUGUGAAGGUCUUGGAGGGAAUUUUGCUAAGAUUGCCAAGAGGUGAUUCGUAAUGAAAGUAAUGGAUCCGGGUAUUGUUUGUUUCCAACACUGUGGUCCUAAAAUUUUCUGCUUCUUACUGCCGGAAACAUGUCCAGUAUGCGGAGCAGAUCUUUCGCAAACAAACUUUUCUCUCUUGCCCUUCAGAGUUCCGUACCCGUUCAUUCGAGCAUCACAGUAUCCUUGUUCUGUAAUUAUAAAACCAACAUCCGGUGAUUUUUUAAACGAUUACUACAAUUCGAUGGAUUUGCAUAUCGGCGUUACGACUUCAACGGGAACCAUCGUAGAAUUCGACAAAAACGGCCUAAGAAGACACCGGAGUGAACAAUGGAACCAGUGCUUACUCCUCGAUCAAGUUCCAAGUUCCUGGACGGAACAUUGGGACAACACUUUGUUCCAAGUUUGUAAACAAAAAUGCUGGUCGUCUAAAGCCUACAGUGAAAAUAGACAUAAUUGCUAUACUUUCGUUUUAACAUUUUUAAUGAAUUUACAUUAUGGAAAUUUGAGCGAAGCAGCGAGUAAUAAGACGGCUUUUUGUGAAAAAUUUAUUGUGCCUAGAACAACUUCCGCGGGGAAAUAUAUUUCACUUUAUAGGAAAUUAAAAGAAAGUGAUUUUUAUGUGCAUAGGACUUUACAUGGGACGAACGGUGCUAAAUAAUUGUUUUAUUACUAAAAAAAGCAAUCCAAUAGCUAGUAGUAGUUUUUUAUUUAAUACACAUGUAAUAUUCCUAUAUUGUUGGAUUUUGUAUGUAAAUGUUGUUAUAAUAUAUUAAUAAACGAUGAAUUAGUAUUACUUA